UUGGGGGUUACCUUGCAGCUUGGGGUGGAGACGGAGGGCAGGGAGCAGGAGGCCCCAUGUGCGAGGAACAAGGGAGCAGUCACCGGGGUCUGCUGUUACACCUGUGCCUGUUUCAGCACCUGGAGGCAGGGGUAUGGGCUCUGCACCCCCAGGGCGCCACCUCCCAGCCUGUCCUGUCACACCUGCUUCCCAGCAGAUGGCGGUUUCUAAGGCCCUAGGAGAUGGAGCAAGGCAGUGGGUCUUCAGCAGGGCGCGGGAUUGUGUCGCUGUGAGCGACCGGGACAGAGGUUGACCCCCCUUAGCAUGCCUAACAGAUCCCAUGGGGCCCCUGCUCUGAGGAGAGUCAUCCCUAGCGGGAGCUGCCAGCCUAGGAGGACACCAGCCCUGACAGCCUGGGAUGACUGGCUAACAGCUUUGUGGCCAACAUCAGCUCCUUUUUUAACAGGAUCUUUCCUAGGCUGGAAGCUUCAGUCCCUGAAGAUGUCAGAUGAGGAGUUUGAUGAUGAGUCUGAUGCCAAUGAACCAGAAAAGGAGGGAGAAGAUGGGGAAGAAGAGAAGAAGUCAGCAGAGGUAGAAGAGGAGAGACUGAUCUCGAACCCUCUGACAGAGGAGAUCAUGAAGGAAGGCCUCUCACUCCUGUGCAAAACUGGCAAUGGCCUGGCUCAUGCUUAUGUGAAACUAGAAGCAAAAGAAAAGGACCUGACAGACAUUGGCCUCCUCCAAAACUACAUUCACUUGCGUUAUGUGGACUUGUCAGAAAAUCAGCUCCGAGACCUGUCCCCUCUGGGCAGCCUCAUCCAUUUGCUAUGGCUGAAGGUGGAUGGGAAUCGACUGACCAGUGCCACCUUACAGGAGCUGCCCUAUUUGCAGAUUGCCAGUUUUGCCCACAACCGCAUCAAGGACACUAAGGGCAUUAGCCACCCACGCCUUGGCAGUCUCAACCUUAAGGGGAAUGAAAUCCAGGUGAUAUCAGGUCUGGAUCCAGGGAAACUAGCCAACCUCCACACGCUAGAGCUACGAGGGAAUAAGAUAGAAACCACAGCAGGGCUGCACCUGCCUAAGCUCAAGAACCUGUACUUGGCCCAGAACUCCAUUAGCUGCCUAGAAGGCUUACAAGACCUGGUGCAGCUCACAACCCUGCAUCUGCGUGACAACCAGCUGGGCACCCUGGAUGGCUUUUCUAGCAACAUGAAGUGUCUGCAGUACCUCAAUCUGAGGGGGAAUGGGAUCACUGGGCUGCAGGAAGUGGCCAAGCUGCAGGUCCUACCUAUGCUGCGGGCACUGGUGCUGUUGGACAACCCUUGCGCAGACGAGGGCGAUUACCGGCUGGAAAUCCUGGUCCUGCUCUCACGCCUGGAGCGCCUCGACAAGGAGUUCUACGAGCAAGAAGAGCGGAUGGAGGCGGAGGAGCUCCGGCAGCAUCGUCAGGAGCAAGAGCAAGAGCAGGAGCAGGAACAGGAGCAGGACACGGAGGAGUCCGGCCCCGGGGAGCCCGACUGAGCCGAGGAGCCCUGCGACCCGCGCCCGCCAAUAAAGUGCGUCGGCCCGAGCACGCCCGCGUGUCCAGUCCCGCC